GAAAACACCACAGUGAUGAGACUCUGCGUCCAGGGAGGGUCUCCAUUAGGGUCUGCAGUCCGGUGUCCUGUCAGCUGAGUCUGUCUGUCUGUCUGUCUGUCUGUCUGUGUGCCUGUCUGUCUGUGGUCAGAGGGACAGCGGGAGGAUGCUCUCCUCCCAACGGGAAUCGGGACUCUCCUCACUCGUCAUCCGGCCGGGAUGCUGCGGUCUGAGCCCGGGGCUUCUCCCCUCCUCUGCCCGCUGAAGUUGGACCAUCUGCGGGGAUUAAACACUGGUUUCAGUCGCUCCCUCUCUGGAUCUGUCCGAGCGUCUCCCAGGGGACAAUAAUCCGCCUGUUUUUUUUUUUUAUAUUCUGUGAUUCUGGAUCAUUUGACAUCACGUCCCUGUGACUCUGGUGGAUUUUUUUUUACUCGCGCACAGAUUUGUGAAUGGGUCCGUGAGCCGCCUCCCCGCGCCGCCGUGCGUUAUUGCGCGGAAGGGAUGAUGUGAGCGCACAGGAGAAAAAAGAGAAAGCUCCCGUGCUGUAGUAACCAUGGCUGGUCCCGAGGUCGAGGAUUAGUGUCAGGAGGGAUUAUUUUUCUCCAGGAGCAGAAUCCUCCAUCAGUUUGCUGUGUUUUAUUUUUUUUAUUCCAACAGUGUCUCUGCCUCUUUGGUUCCUGGACACGAGGAGAAGUUUUCCACACGCGUUUCAGUCUUUUCUUUAUUUCUGUCUCUGCAUCAUAAUAUUUCAUUUUUCUGAAAGCUGAGGAUAGAAAUAUUAUCUGUGUUUGUAGGUGGCGUGAAGCAGAGAGUGUUCCAGGCUGAGGCUUCCUGCUCCUUAAAAUAACUGAAUGAUGGAUACAGAGAAGUUGGUCUCGUGUUAUGAAUAAUGAAUAUUUGAUAGGAUUGAAGCUGUAACUUCACCAUAGAGAACAAUAAAAAGACUCGUAGUCCCUUGAGGAACAUUGAAGUAAAUUACACUCAACCCGCAGUAGAGUCAUAAAGCGUCGUGUCAGCAGAAUUAACUGUGAAAUGAUUCUCAUUCAUUUGCAGCUCUGAGGUGAACAGUGACAGAGGAUUAUGGAAAUAUGGAAAUAUUACAGAGACAUGAUAACUGAGUGUGUGAGAAGUUUAUUUGUUGUGAAGCUGCAGACGAUGCUUCAUAUUAAAUGACAGAUGCUUCAUAAGGAAAAAAUAAGGUCUGCAGGUUACAGCAGAAUUAUAUAUAUAAAUAUAUUGAGAUUAUUAUAAGAUUUUUCAUCUCUUUCCAUCUUGUUUGUUUGAGUUUGUCCUCUGGGGAAAGAAGAAUGAAGAGUGGAGGAACAUCUACAUUUUCCCUCGUUAACCUUUAACAGAAAAUGACAUUAAAUACUUGAUUUAAACAAACAUUUAAUCAUGGAAAUAACCAGAAUAAUCUGAAGAGGAGCACCAACGCUCAUCAGGUUAUUUGUACAAGUGAAAUAUCAGUGACCUGAUCAGAACCCUGUUCUUCUGGAGGAUCUUGGACUCAAAGGAAGCUUCAGGAGCGAACUGGCGAAGACGGUGUGGACCCUCAGAUGAGUGGCCAUGUCGGACCGGAGCGCCCCGGGCUGCCGGCUCAGACUGGACUGGGUCUAUGGGUACCGGGGCCACCAGUGCCGCAAUAACCUGUACUACACGGCCGGGAAGGAGGUGGUGUACUUCGUGGCCGGGGUCGGCGUGGUUUACAACACCAGAGAGCACAGCCAGAGGUUUUACCUGGGGCACAACGAUGACAUCAUCAGCCUGGCGUUGCACCCGGAGCGCUCCCUGGUGGCGACGGGUCAGGUGGGGAAGGAUCCCUACGUGUGUGUGUGGGACUCCUUCACCGCCCAGACUGUGUCCCUGCUCCGUGACGGACACACGCACGGCAUCGCCUGCCUCGCGUUCAGUGCUGACGGACAGCGGUUAGCCUCGAUCGGCCUGGAUGCCAAGAACACAGUGUGUAUCUGGGAGUGGAAGCGAGGAAAGAUCCUGGCUACAGCCACCGGACACUCGGACAGGAUUUUCGACGUCUGCUGGGAUCCGUUUCAACAAAACCGUCUGGUGAGCUGCGGAGUCAAACACAUCAAGUUCUGGUCUCUGUGUGGAAACUCUCUCACCGCAAAGCGAGGGAUUUUCGGGAAGACGGGCGACUUGCAGACCAUCCUGUGCGUGGCGUCUGCUAAAGAUGACCUCACGUACUCCGGGGCGCUCAACGGGGACAUUUAUGUCUGGAAGGGACUCAGCCUGAUACGAACCGUUCAGGCGGCUCACGGGGCCGGAAUCUUCAGCAUGUAUUUCUGUGAGGAGGGUUUCGCCACAGGAGGCAGAGACGGCUGCAUCCGACUGUGGGAUGUCGACUUUAAACCAAUCACCAAGAUCGACCUGCGAGAGGCGGAGCAAGGCUACAAAGAUCUGUCUAUUCGCAGCGUCUGCUGGCGAGCCGACCGGAUCCUGGCAGGAACGCAGGACAGCGAGAUCUUUGAGGUGAUGGUGAGGGACCGGGACAAGCCGCUGCUGAUCAUGCAGGGACACAGCGAGGGCGAGCUCUGGGCGCUGGACGUUCACCCCAAAAAACCUCUGGCUGUCACCGGCAGCGACGACCGCUCCGUCAGGUUGUGGAGUUUGGUGGAUCAUGCCCUUAUCGCUCGCUGUAACAUGGAGGAGGCGGUGCGGAGUGUGGCAUUCAGCGUGGACGGAUCCCAGCUGGCUCUGGGUAUGAAGGACGGAUCCUUCACUGUGCUGAGAGUCAGAGACAUGACGGAGGUCGUUCACAUCAAAGACAGGAAGGAGGUGAUACACGAGAUGAAGUUUUCUCCAGACGGAGCGUAUAUCGCUGUCGGCUCCAACGACGGACUGGUGGACAUCUACGCUGUCGCACAGAGAUACAAGAAGGUGGGAGAAUGCUGUAAAUCCUCCAGUUUCAUAACUCACCUGGACUGGACUCUGGACAGCAAGAUCCUGCAGAGCAACGACGGAGCUGGAGAACGACUCUUCUACCGGAUGCCAAUGGGGAAGCACAUUGUCAGUAAGGAGGAGGUCAAAGGUCAACGCUGGGCGUCAUGGAGUGGCGUCCUGGGCUCAGAGGUCUGUGGCAUCUGGCCUAAAUACUCAGAUCUAACCCAGAUCAAUGCCGUGGACGCCAAUCACUCUGCCGCCGUGCUGGUUGCCGGAGACGACCUCGGCCUUGUGAAGCUCUUCCGCUUCCCCUGUCUGAAGAAAGGAGCCAAAUUCAAGAAGUACAUCGGCCACUCUGCCCACGUGACCAACGUCCGCUGGUCACAUGACCUGCAGUGGGUGCUGACCACAGGUGGGGCCGACCACGCCCUCUUCCAGUGGAGGUUUCUGCCCGAGUCAGUGAUGAACGGAGGACAGGACGUCAACAUACAAGAGAGUCAUGGAGACUCCAACAGCGAGGAGUCCGACAGCGACGUGUCGGACGUCCCGGAGCUCGACUCAGACAUUGAGCAGGAAACACAGAUCCACUACGACCGACAGGUGUACAAGGAGGACCUGCCUCAGUUGCGGCAGCAGAGCAGAGAGAAGAAGCAGCAGGUCGGAUCUCUGAAGAGGCAGCGAGGACCGGACCAGGGUCUCCGGCUGCAGUUCGUUCACGGGUACCGUGGUUAUGACUGCAGGAACAACUUGUUCUACACUCAGGGUGGGGAGGUGCUGUAUCAUGUGGCGGCGGUGGGCGUGGUCUACAACCGGCAGCUGCACAGCCAGCGCUUCUACCUCGGCCACGACGACGACAUCCUCAGCCUCAGCAUCCACCCGCUGAAGGACUACGCUGCUACAGGACAGGUGGGACGGGAUCCAGCCGUCCAUGUGUGGGACAUCCAGACCAUGAAGUGCCUCUCGUUACUGAAGGGAUUUCACCAGAGAGGAGUGUGCGCUCUGGACUUCUCAGCUGAUGGAAAGAGUCUGGUCUCGGUGGGAGUCGAUGACGGACACUCGAUCGUCAUCUGGGACUGGAAGAGAGGAGAGAAACUCGCCACUGCCAGGGGUCAUAAGGAGAAGAUAUUUGUGGUGAAGUGUAACCCCCUGCUGAUGGACAAACUGGUCACCGUGGGAAUCAAACACAUCAAGUUCUGGCAGCACGCAGGUGGCGGUCUGACCUCCAGGCGUGGUGUGUUCAGGAGCGUCAGUCGGCUGGAGACCAUGAUGUCGGUGUGCUACGGCCGCACCGAGGCGCUGGUGUUCACCGGAGCCGCCACCGGAGACGUUUACAUCUGGAAGGAGCCGCUGCUGAUGAAAACUGUGAAAGCUCACGAUGGACCGGUGUUCGCCAUGUUCUCCCUGGACAAGGGCUUCGUGACCGGCGGGAAGGACGGCGUGGUGGAGCUGUGGGACGACAUGUUUGAUCGCUGCCUGAAGACCUACGCCAUCAAGAGAGCGUCUCUGUCUCCAGGCUCCAAAGGCCUGCUGCUGGAGGACAACCCGUCCAUCAGAGCCAUCACUCUGGGUCAUGGUCACAUCCUGGUGGGAACCAAAAACGGAGAAGUUCUUGAGAUUGACAAGACUGGACCCAUGACUCUGCUGGUGCAGGGUCACAUGGAGGGUGAAGUCUGGGGUCUGGCCCCCCACCCUCUCCUCCAUAUCUGUGCCACCGUCAGCGACGAUAAAACCCUGCGACUGUGGGAGACGUCAGCCAAUCACCGCAUGGUCGCCGUCCGCAAGCUGAAGAGAGGUGGCCGCUGCUGCGUCUUCUCUCCUGAUGGCAAGGCGUUGGCGGUCGGUCUGAGUGAUGGCGGCGUCCUGGUGGUGAACGCUGACACGCUGGAGGAUCUGUUGAGCUUCCACCAUCGCCGUGACGCCAUCUCUGACAUCCGCUUCACCCCAGACUCUGGAAAGUUCCUGGCGGUGGCGUCACACGACAGCUUCGUGGACAUCUACAACGUGCUGAGCAGUAAGAGAGUGGGGAUCUGUAAAGGAGCGUCCAGCUACAUCACACACAUCGACUGGGACGCUCGAGGUAAACUGCUGCAGGUCAACACAGGAGCUAAAGAGCAGCUUUUCUUCGAAGCCCCAAGAGGAAGAAGGCAAACGAUCAAGAACGAUGAGCUGGAGCGGAUGGACUGGUCCAGCUGGACGUGCGUUCUGGGUUCAAGCUGUGAGGGAAUCUGGCCGACGCACAGCGACAUCACCGACGUCAACGCCGCGUCGCUCACCAGAGACCGAGCACUGCUCGCCACCGGAGACGACUUCGGCUUCCUCAAGCUGUUCAGCUACCCCGUCAGAGGUCAGUACGCUCGUUUUAAGCGUUACGUAGGCCACAGCGCUCAGGUGACCAACGUCCGCUGGGCUCAGGAUGACUCCACCCUACUGACGGUGGGCGGGGCUGACACCGCCCUGAUGAUCUGGGCGAGGGAACGAGGAGGCGUGGCCGGUGGGGACGGGGAGGGGCCUUUGUUACGCGACAACCGACCCCUUGUGGACAGUGAGGAGUCGGACGACGACACCGAGGAGGAUGGAGGCUACGACAGUGACGUCGCCCGAGAGAAGACGGUGGAUUACAGCACCAAGAUUUAUGCCGUCAGCAUCCGAGAGAUGAAGGGAACCAAACCUCAUCAACAGCUGAAGGAGCUGUCUGCUGAGGAGAGGCAGGGCAUUGUCAAGCCGCCAGUGAGUCGAGCGGCGCCGCAGCCGGAGAAACUCCAGAAGAACAACGUGUCCAAGAAGAAGAGACUAGUCGAGGACCUGGUCUUGGAUCACGUGUUUGGUUUUCGAGGCUUCGAUUGUCGUAACAACCUGCACUACCUCAACGACGGCUCCGAGAUCGUCUAUCACACCGCCGCCACGGCCAUCGUCCACAGCCUCACCACCGGAACUCAGAGUUUCUACCUGGAACACACUGACGACAUCCUCUGUCUGACCGUCAACCAGCACCCGAAAUACAAAAACACCAUCGCUACCGGACAGAUCGGUGACGUCAGUGAACUCCCAGGCGCCACACCUUCCAUCCACGUGUGGGACGCCAUGAGCAAACAGACCCUCUCCAUCCUGCGCUGUCCUCACGCUAAAGGCGUCGGCUACGUCAACUUCAGCGCCACGGGGAAGCUGCUGCUGUCUGUCGGCGUGGAAUCUGAACACACCAUCACUGUGUGGCGCUGGCAGGAAGGAUCCAAGGUGUGCAGUAAAGGCGGACACCCGGACCGGAUCUUCGUGGUGGAGUUUCGGCCGGACUCGGACUCCCAGUUCGUGUCAGUGGGAAUCAAACAUGUGAAGUUCUGGACGCUGGCCGGUGGUGCUCUGAUGUACAAAAAGGGCGUGGUGGGGACCGUGGAGGACGGCAGGAUGCAGACGAUGCUGUCCGUCGCAUUCGGAGCCAAUAACCUGACGUUCACCGGAGCCAUUAACGGGGACGUGUAUGUGUGGCGGGACCACUACCUGCUGAGGGUGGUGGCGAAGGCUCACACCGGGCCCGUCUUCACCAUGUACACCACGCUGAGGGACGGCCUCAUCGUCACCGGUGGCAAGGAGAGGCCGACGAAGGAGGGCGGUGCCGUGAAGCUCUGGGAUCAGGAGAUGAAGCGCUGUCGAGCGUUCCAGCUGGAGACGGGACAGCAGGUGGAGUGUGUCCGGUCCGUCUGCCGAGGAAAAGGGAAGAUCCUGGUGGGGACGAAGGACGGGGAGGUCAUCGAGGUCGGAGAGAAGAACGCGGCGUCCAACCUGCUGCUGGACAGUCACGCUCGGGGGGGAAUCUGGGGUCUGACCACUCAUCCUGUUAAAGACCUCUGCGUCACCGCCAGCGACGACGCCACCAUUAGACUGUGGGACCUCACGGACAAGAAACUGUUGAACAAGGUGUGUGUCGGCCACGCCGCUCGCUGUGUGACCUACAGCUCUGACGGAGAGAUGCUGGCAGUGGGGAUGAAGAACGGCGAGUUCCUCCUCCUCCUCGCCAACACGCUCAAGAUGUGGGCGAAGAAACGAGAUCGCAGCGUCACCAUCCAGGACAUCCGGUUCAGUCCGGACCGGCAGCUGUUGGCCGUCGGUUCCGUGGAGAACACGGUGGAUGUGUACGAUGUGAGCGGAGGACCGAGUCUGAACCGACUGGUUUACUGCAGCGACAUCCCUGCUUUCAUCCUGCAGCUCGACUUCUCUGCUGACAGCUGUUACAUACAGGUGUCCACAGGAGUUUAUAAGCGGCAGGUUUUCGAGGUUCCUUCAGGGAAGUUGAUAAACGACCAGACCGUCAUCGACAGAAUCACGUGGGCGACCUGGACCAGUAUUCUGGGAGAUGAGGUUUUAGGGAUCUGGCCUCGAAACGCAGACAAAGCCGACGUGAACUGUGCCUGCGUCUCUCACGCCGGCAUGAACGUCGUCACCGGCGACGACUUUGGAUUGGUCAAACUGUUCGACUUCCCCUGCACAGAGAAGUUUGCCAAACACAAGCGCUACCUCGGCCACUCGGCUCAUGUGACCAACAUCCGCUUCUCCCACGACGACAAAUACGUGAUCAGCACAGGAGGAGACGACUGCAGUGUGUUUGUGUGGAAAUGUCUGUGAACGCACAGAUUUCUGCCGUUCGCUGACGCUUUGAUCCAGAGCGCCUUAAGAGCACCACAAGUGGAUCCAGGGGGAAUCGAACCCACAACCUGAGCCACCACCGACCUUUUUCUUGGUGACAGGGCGGAGGACUACAGACUGCUGCCGGCCCAUCGAUCCACGGCACGUGAUGGGUCACAUGAUGGGUCACAUGAUGGGUCACAUGACACACAACGAAACCACGAAGAGGUGACAAAGAAAGAGAAGAUUCCUCAGAGAAAACAUCAGAUGGUUUUGAUGAAAACUUUCUUGCUCGGUUACAGUUCGAAUCUCACACAAUCAGCACAGUGACGGGAGGUUUCAUGUUCUGAUCCGAUUGACUCAGAACGUCCGUGUGUUUUUAAACAAACUGCGUCUCCGGGUCGUUCGCUGACGACGUGAAGAGAGGAACGUUCAGCUCCAUCUGUCUGAGCUGCUCAGACAAAAUGUGAAUCACUUUCUGACCUGGCUGCUUUUAUAAAAG